UUAAAAAGAUUAGAUACUAAUUGCUCCUUUACAGGUAAGCGUACUAAACAGAGACCAGUAAGGUACGAGGACUAUACUCCAGCAGCCAAGAAACCAAAGUUCAAGGACCCAGUUACGAUCCUUCCUUUAAAGGUGUUGGAUCAAGAUAUGUUGACAACUUUUAACCGAUGGGUACUCGGUGAGAUUGAUAACAGCAGACCGAGGAAGUUGGAAUGUUGUGAUGGGACCCCUGUUUGGUUCUUGAAGUUGAAGGUGGCAAAAGAAUGGUUGGCAGAAACUCAUCUCGACGCUGCGAAUUAUCUUAUACGGAGACGUCUUUUUGAGUUGCCGAAGACGUACCCCGUGAAAGCCACCGUACUUGAUUCAUCAUUUGCACAAUAUAUUCCUGCCAGAUACGAGGAAUUCAAGAAAAAUGGCAGGACUUACCAAUGGGACUCGGACAUUCUUGAUUUCCUGAAAGGAGAUGCCAAAAAGUACAAGAAGCCUUGGGGUGAUUGCAACGAGGUCUACUUCCACUGGUGCAUGGAAAAUCGGCACUGGGUCCUUUGCGAAAUAAAUUUCGCUGAUUGGAUGAUCACUGUAUUUGACUCAGAUCAUUCUAACUUUAGCCAUAAUAAGUUGUCUGAGUUGAUGGAGCCUUGGACUAGGAUGCUUCCAUCUUUACUCAACGCUUCUGGUAUGUUUAAAGGACACCCCAAGUUAAAAAUAGCUAGACCGAAGAUCACCGUUCCAAACUUUGAUUGGCGGCGCAUGUCCACUGAUAUUGUCCCACAGUCUAGAACCAGCGGAGAUUGCGGUGUAUUCGCCAUCAAACACUUGGAGUUCAUUCUUGGAGACAUUCUCUUAUCAUAUGCCAUCGAGGACAACAUUCAGUACUUCAGGGAUAAAUUAUGCAUCGACAUUUUUUAUGAGAAUGUGUACCCUUGA